AUGGAAGUUAAUAUAACUCCCAUAACUGAUAAUAAACCCAGAAAAAGAAAACGAAAAACAGAAGAAUGGAAGAGAAGCAAGCAGAAAAAACUACGUGAAGCUAGAAUAUUGUUAAAAAUUGAAAACUACAAUGAGAGAAUUAAAACUUUGGAAUUUGAAAAUAUUGGAUUAAAAAGAAACAUAGAAAAAUUAGAAAGUAAUUCAAAAAACAAUAAUCUUGUGAUUUUCGGCUUAAAUUUAACACCGGAAGAGGUUUCAGUUCAAAACAUAUGCAAUAAGCUUAAUACAAUACUAGAAAUUAAUCUCAACAGAAGUGUCAUUAGUGAUAUAUAUUUACUGGGAGGCAAUACAAGAAAAGAACUAAUAAAUUUAGAACUUUUAGCCCGCUUCACCUAA